ACCCAAAUCAACGCAUUAAUUUCUUUAGUCUCUUCAGAUUCUAAAUUAUUAAAAAAGAUUUUAAUAUAUAUUCACCAAAAACCAAGAAACAAAAUAACAAACGCAUUAAUUUCUUCUAUUCUUACUUCUUACUCCAACAUUCAUUAAUUCCAACCUCCCAAGUCUUGUGAUUUCACCAACACCCUGCUUUCUGAUUCACCAAAUCUACAGGUUGUUCGUAGCUUGGAUUAGUUUUUUUGUAGUCGAUAAAAUGGCAACUAACCCAGAUGAAGAGGUCGUUCUUACUGAAAACAAAGGGAAUGUGAGAUUGAUCACCUUGAAUCAGCCAAAAAAAUUAAAUGUCAUUUCACCAAAAGUGGUUUAUUUAUUAGCAGAAAACUUGGAGAAAUGGGAAAAAGAUGACGAUGUAAAGCUAGUGAUAAUUAAGGGUGCAGGUCGUGCAUUCUCAGCAGGUGGUGAUUUAAAAGUGUUCUAUACUGGCAAAACAACAAAGGAUUAUUGCCUUGAAGUGGUAUAUAGAUUUUAUUGGCUUUGCUACCACAUCCACACCUACAAGAAACCACAGGUCGCUCUUGUUCAUGGAAUUUCUAUGGGUGGAGGUGCAUCACUUAUGGUCCCAAUGAAGUUUUCAGUUGUCACUGAAAAAACCGUUUUUGCCAUGCCUGAAGCUAGUAUUGGGUUUCAUACUGAUUGUGGGUUUUCCUAUAUUCUCUCACAUCUUCCUGGACAUUUGGGUGAAUAUAUGGCGUUAACAGGGACACGAUUAAGUGGCAAGGAACUUGUGACAGCUGGAUUAGCCACACAUUUUGUUCCUUUAGAUAAAUUGUCGAUGUUAGAAAGCAAUUUGGUGAACUUGAAUUCGGGUGAUGAGAAUGCUGUGAAAUCUGCCAUUGAAGAGUUCUCUAUAAGUGUCGAUAUUAGUGAAGAAAGUGUUUUAAACAAACAAUCGAUAAUCAAUGAGUGUUUUUCAAAGGAUUCGGUGGAAGAGAUUCUAGAAUCAUUUGAAGCAGAGUCUACAAAGGAAGGAAACGAAUGGAUUACACCUGUGCUUAAAGGCUUAAAACAAUCGUCUCCUAUUGGUUUAAAGAUAAAUCUGCGAUCGAUUCGUGAAGGGAGGAAGCAAACACUAUUGGAAUGCUUGAAGAAAGAAUUUAGACUCACAAUCAAUAUACUCAGAGCCACUAUUUCAGGCGACAUUUAUGAGGGUAUCCGAGCUCUUACCAUUGACAAAGAUAAUUCUCCAAAGUGGGACCCACCAACUCUUAAGGAAGUGGAUAGCGAGAAACUGGAUCUUCUGUUUAAGGCAUUUGGAGAAGGUUUGGAGCUCAAUGUUCCUGAAAACGAAGAACAAAGGUGGAGUGGUAAGUAUGAGGAUUCUCUUUAUGCAUGAUGAUAAGAUGUGUCCCCUUUUUGGGGUUGUUAGAUUCGUGUAUUUAGCUUUAAAGAACGCAAAUAAAAUGAUUUAUGGGAAUAUUUAGUGGUUGUAAUGUUUAAGAAAAGUACAAACUACAAUUAUCAAUAAAGAAGGAUUGUUUUUCAAA